CCUGGAGGUUUGACCACCCCGGUGCAGUAUGCAUGGGGCCAGCAAGGGGCCAGCAGGGCUGGUCACUACGACGAAUAUAGUCCUCCUCCAAACAUGGAGGGUCGUGUAUUUCGAAAUCGUCUCUAUCACCCGGAAGCCAGACAAUACGUCGUCCUCCCUGCUGGCUGCAUAUGAGGAUAUAUUUAGAAGAACCUGACUUACGAUUCCGACAUGAGGCUGGACAGAAGAUGGAACAGGUUAGAAGGAGUGCCAUGAACACUAAAGGCAACUGACCCGACUCUCUUGGCAUUCGACCGCGUCGGUCGUGUCUCCUCAUAAUUUGGAGAAGCCUAAGUGAAACUUCUGGCCUAGAAACACGAGGACGAGAAAGUCCAAGCCAAAAUCCAGCACCGAAGACGACAGUAUUGCGCGGAGGAUCAACAUCUGAAAGCCUCAAAGGAGGAGGACACUACUGCGCUACGCGAGGCACUCCGCCAUGGCUAUGCAAUUGGAUUUGUCGCAGGCUCAGAUUGUCAAAGAUGAAAACGGAAGACCAUUUAUUGUCGUCCGCGACCAAGGGUCGAAGAAACGAACACAUGGCACCGACGCUGUGAAGCAGCACAUAUUGUCCGCGAGAACUGUUGCCAGCAUCGUCAGAACCUCACUAGGUCCGCGCGGACUCGAUAAGAUCCUCAUCUCACCCGAUGGAGACAUUCAAAUAACGAACGAUGGGCGCACAAUCAUGUCCGAGAUGGAACUGACAAAUCCAAUCGCGAAAUUGAUGGUCGAAUUGUCAAAGUCACAAGAUGAAGAGAUAGGAGAUGGAACUACAGGUGUGGUUGUGCUGGCCGCUGCACUGCUGGAUCAGGCCGCGGACCUUAUCGACAAGGGCAUUCAUCCUAUCCGAAUUGCGGACGGCUACGACCAGGCAUGUGAGCUUGCGGUUGCACACUUAGACAAGAUCAGUGACGAGAUUCAUUUUUCGAAAGAAGAGCAAGAUAAUCUGAUGAAGGUCGCCAAAACAUGUCUAGGCAGCAAGAUUGUCAGCAAAGCACACGACCAGUUUGCGAAGAUUGCGGUUGACGCUGUGAUGUCGGUGGCAGAUCUGGAACGAAAAGAUGUGGACUUCGAGCUGAUCAAGGUUGACGGCAAGGCUGGUGGAUCUAUAGAAGACUCCCUGCUCGUCAAGGGCGUCAUCGUCGACAAGGACUUCUCACAUCCCCAAAUGCCAAGUGAGGUGAAAGACGCAAAGCUGGCUAUCCUCACCUGUGCCUUUGAGCCUCCCAAACCAAAGACCAAGCACAAGCUUGACAUCUCGACCGUCGAAGAGUUCCGAAAACUACAGCAGUACGAGCAGAACAAGUUUGUGGAAAUGAUUGACAUGAUCAAAGCAACUGGCGCCAACCUCGUAAUUUGUCAAUGGGGUUUCGACGACGAAGCCAACCACCUGCUUCUACAAAACCAAUUACCGGCUGUACGAUGGGUCGGCGGUCCCGAGAUCGAGUUAAUAGCAAUUGCCACGAACGGAAGAAUUGUGCCACGAUUCGAGGAUCUGAGUGCAGAGAAACUAGGCAAAGCAGGCGUCGUCAGAGAGAUGACGUUCGGCACUACGCGAGAGAAGAUGCUCGUGAUUGAGGAGUGCGCCAACACACGAGCCGUCACCAUCUUCGUCAGAGGAAGCAACAAGAUGAUCAUCGACGAGGCCAAGCGAUCGUUACACGACGCCAUCUGCGUGGUUCGCAACCUUGUCAGAGAUAACAGAAUCGUCUAUGGUGGAGGUGCAGCCGAAAUUGCUUGCUCAAUUGCCGUGGAGGACGCAGCCAGCAAGUCACCAGGGCUCGAACAGUACGCCAUGAGAGCGUUUGCCGAUGCUCUUGACGCUGUGCCCAUGGCUUUGGCAGAAAACUCUGGUCUAAGUCCAAUCGAAACCCUCGCAGCCGUCAAGUCUCGACAAGUAAAGGAGGAUAACUCACGGUUGGGCGUCGAUUGCAUGCAGACUGGUAGCAACGAUAUGCGAGACCACUUCGUUAUCGACCCUUUGAUUGGAAAGCGCUCACAAUUACUUCUGGCUACGCAAUUGUGCCGGAUGGUGUUGAAAAUAAACAACGUGAUCGUGGCAGGAAGUGAUGAAAAUGAUUUCUAG